GGAGAAACUUUCCAUCCAUGCUACACGUGACCACAACAUUCAAAUUGAUUGAUUCAUUUUAUUAGUAAAAAAAAAGAAAAAAAUUGAAAUCCAUGGCCCGAACUCAGGUUGCGAUAAGUACGCCAAUGUGUCCAUCGGAUGGCGGUGAUUGUAUUGCCGUUUGGGAUGUGAGUACGGGCAACAUGCUAAGUACGUAUCGAUCAUCAACCAGCCAACUUAUACCGCGACAUUGUAUCGAUCGAAUUGGCUACCAAUAUCUGAUAAAUGGUUAUCAGAAUUCUCCGUUGGUUCACGUUUGGUCAUUGGAUGGAAAAGAUCGUCUGCAUUUGAAAUUGAUCCUUCCAGGUAAUGUUGGAGCAUUGUGUGUCACAGCGGACGGCAAUUACUGUCUCACGGCUAUUGAUACACGUUUGUAUAUUUGGCAAUUGGCAUCCGGAUAUUUAUUGGCCGUACUUGAUGGCCAUUAUCAGUCGAUUCGUGUGGUCAGAGUGACCAAUGACCAGUCAUAUUUUAUCACUGGUGGCGAUGAUGGUAUCAUUUUGAUCUGGAAUCUUGCCAAAGUAAUUGUGCCAGAUUCUCGACAAUCGUUUUCAGUGGUCGAUGGCCAUUCCAGUCGCUUAGAACCGGAUCGGACAAUCACAAAUUCAUCGACUGCAAUCAUUGACAUCCAUAUUGGUCAUGGAGGGGGGCCAAACGGUCGUUUUGUUGUUUGCAGUGAACAAUCAUCUACAGUGAAAAUGUAUCAACUGCCCACCGGAAUUCAUUUGGCUUCGAUAACGUUUCCACAAUCGAUUGUAUCGGCCGUUAUGGAUCGUAUGGAACGAGCUUUAUUCGUAGGAUCGACUAAUGGUCCUGUCUAUGAAGUUUUGCUGUCUCGAGUUUGGCAACAAACGCAAAGAGAAGGUGACCACCAAUCAGUACACUUGGAUUUAUCAUGCAUAGAUGAUGAUGAUGAUGAAAAAUCGUCCGAUCAGAAUAGACAAGUGAUGAUCGGUCAUACACGAGCCGUAUACUCAAUGGCCAUAACAAUUGAUGGCCAAGCAUUGUUGACUGGAUCACAAGAUCAGACGAUUCGUUUGUGGCACAUUGGCAGUCAUCAAUGCAUGCGAACUGUUCACUGCAAAGGACCUGUAUCGAAUCUAAUGGUAUGGCCCAGUAUGGCUGGUCUGUUUCUCUUGGAUUCGCUUGAAUCAAGCAAUUAUUCCCUGAACAAUGUGGAUAACAAUCAGAUAGAUCCUUCGCUAUCGAGUUCGAACGCUGGAUCAUUGGCAAAACGUCGACGAGGUAAAUUAUCUCCAAUCUCCAGCAGCAUCUACUCGAGGUCACAAUCGAUUGAGCAGACAUUGAGAACGUUGCCGAAUCCUUCGAAACCGAUAUGUUCCGUCUUUCAACGUGAUGUAUUUCAACUGCGAUUCAAUCCAAUUAGUCUGAUCCAGUCAAACAGGCGUGGCCAGCCACAACAAGUGGAACCAACAGACGAUUCUGGCCUGGUGAAUGCAUUCGAUCAUGGUGGCUGCCUUUGGACACGAAACGAUCAAACAUCGGGCCGAGAAUUCUGGCCCGCAGGAUGGUCCACCUUUAUGAUGCCAUACUUGGAUGAAUGGCAACAUUGCAACCAGAAAUACUUGUUAUCCGAUUCAAAUGAAAAGUGCAAUCAAGAAAAUGGUGUUCAUCGGACGAAUGAUAUCCACAAUGACCAUGGCGAUGAUGGGGUGAUUUCCAAGUUGCGACAAGCCAACCAGCAACUAUAUCAGUAUGCCAUCGAAGCGAUAUUCGAUGGCCAGUCCGCCGAUUCGGUUACCGGUGGCCACGUAGAAUGCAUUGAGCUGAACGAAUAGAAAAGUGCACGAUUUACUUGAUUAUGUUGGCUCCAUGCACAUUGAAUUUGACUGUUUUGCUUUGUGUCAUGGUGGGCUGGCCGGUUAAUUGUUCGCUUGGCAUAACUUUGAGUUGGUUCCAUCUGUGUGUAUGUUGUAUAUGAGAAUGUGCAUAACAAAAACAUGUUAGUGAAUUGUAAUUGUAAAUAAAUAGAUGUGUGUGUGUGUGUGUGUGUGUGUAGAAACUUGGAUUUAUUUUUGAUGAUGAAAUAAAACAAAUAUAUAACCAAAUGGGACAAAUUUGGGUCAGAAUCGUUGUAUGAAUGAUGACAGGGUGAAUUUCGGUUUAGGAGCUGCAUCAACGGGCUUGUUGUCUGUUUGGGAUUGUUUGACUGCCAUGCAAGGGUGAACAAGUCGAUUCUUGAGCAAUGACCAAUAAUAACGGGCUCUAUCCACUAAUUGUUGGCCAAAAGUGGUUUGCUCACCAGUAACCGAUGAUGAGGAUCGUUUUUGGCCAUAUCU